GGCUUGGACCUAUGGAGCCUGCGGUGCUGGCUCCGCACCACCUUCCGCACCACGAACCCAUUAGCUUUGGCAUCGAUCAGAUCCUGAGCGGCCCCGAACCCCCGGGAGUCGGCCUAGGCCCGGGUCGUGCGGGCCAGAGCCAUGGUGACACUGCGGCGUUCUCGAGUGGAUUCCACGGAACCUCAGGCUUUGGUCCUACAGGCUCGCUGGCCCCGCUGUCCAGCGGCUCUGGAGUGGGCCCGGGCGGCGUGAUUCGCGUCCCCGCGCACCGUCCGCUGCCGGUGCCGCCGCCAGCGAAUGGCGCUCCUGCGGUGCCCGGGCCCUCGGGUUUGGGCGGCGCCGGGGCCCUAACGGGACUCACCUUCCCCUGGAUGGAUAGCGGCCGCCGCUUUGCCAAGGACCGACUCACCGCCGCGUUAUCGCCCUUCUCAGGGACGCGCCGCAUAGGCCACCCCUACCAAAACCGGACGCCCCCGAAACGGAAGAAGCCGCGCACCUCGUUUUCCCGCUCGCAGGUGCUGGAGCUGGAGCGGCGCUUCCUGCGACAGAAGUACCUGGCCUCGGCCGAGAGGGCAGCGCUAGCCAAGGCCUUGCGGAUGACCGACGCACAGGUCAAGACCUGGUUCCAGAACCGACGCACCAAGUGGCGGCGCCAGACUGCAGAGGAGCGCGAGGCCGAGCGGCACCGCGCGGGGCGGCUGCUCCUGCACCUGCAGCAGGACGCGCUACCUCGGCCCCUGCGGCCGCCGCUGCCCCCAGACCCGCUGUGCCUGCACAACUCGUCCCUUUUCGCGCUGCAGAACCUGCAGCCCUGGGCAGAGGACAACAAAGUGGCUUCCGUGUCCGGUCUCGCCUCGGUGGUGUGAGCUACUCCAGCACGAUC